AUGAUUUUCAAUCAAAAAGUUCUUGGGAUUCUGCUAUUUUGGUUUAGUUUGGUGCUUAGUGCAAAAGUGACGACCACUUCGGCAACGCCAACCACGGCUCUCACGACGUCUACUACACCUACCACUACACCUACAACCACGGCACUCACAACCCCAACAACUUCCACUACCCCGACCACUACAGCUCUGACUAUACCAACCACAACAGCGCUGACUACACCAACUACAACAUCCCAGACAACCCCCACCACUUCAACCACGCCAACCUCCACCGCACUGACGACACCCACUACUUCUGAGUCAACCAGCUCUGAGCCAACAGAAAUAGCAUCCGCCAGCAAGACAACUGUUACUUCGGACACCUCGAAAACAGCUGCAACUACAGCGUCAUCUACAGUCCUGACCACACUCGAAUCUGCAAGUACCUCCGAAUCAGACUCAGAUGACUCGAGUUCAAUCGCGGCUUCGACUACCUGGGUUUGGGUCACAAAUACCGUUGAUGGUGUCACUGUAACUACAUCCUCGGCAUACCACCAAAAGUUUAGCUCGAUGUAUCGCACAAUCCAGAGUCCUUCCUCUGGUUCGAUCGGCUUAGGUACAAUCACUGGAACCGUGGGUGUUCUGAGGACCUACCGAACAGGCACCGUCUCCUCUAGUUGA